AAAAAAAAUUCUAAUUAUAAAUUUUAUAGGUACGAUCCCGGUUCAAACGGAUUCUUUUAUAAAUCGGACGGAAAUCAAGGUUGGAGACGUAAACAAACGUCUGAUAUCGAUUUAUUAGCACUACCACAUCAUUAUCAGACCGCUAAUUCAAUUAUUGUCGCAACACAACAACAACAACAACCUAUCCCUGGUUCAAUACUAUCAGUGCCUACAAAUAUCAACAAUCUACGCGUAAAUAAUCGUGGAAAUAAUAAAAUUAUGAAUAGCAGUAAUAAUAGUAAUACUCAAAAUAGAAUGGGGAAUGGUGUUGAUUACUGGCGUAAGGGUGGAAAUAAAAGUGAUUGUUUCUACCGAUAUCCUUCACGUUUACGUGCGUUCAAUCAACAUGCACCACCAAAACUAACAGCUGAACAGAAGCGUGAAUUUGGUCCAUUGCCUGAUUGGGAAGAUCCAGCUGAUGUAACGAAAUAUGAUUAUAUGCAAUUUAUGGAUACUCAAUUUAAUAAUUUAAUUACGGGGAUCAUUAAUGGUCAUUUCGAAACGAAUGGUGCACCAUUAAGUGGUUUGCCGAAUUUGGUUAUGGCACAGCCGGCGCCUCCUAUAUUCCGGCCAGCGCCUCCAAAUAUUAUGCCGCAUUUGCAGACGCCAAUAAAUCUUGCUGAAUCUCGACCUGAUGGUUUAUAUGUUCCUCCAGAUCCCUUAAAUCUUACUACAUUUAUUGUACAAAAUGGCACAUAUUCAAAUUCAAAUUUUAUGCAAGAACUUCCUUUUGUCACACUUUCCGAAUAUUUGCAACAAAUAUUUUUUAGUGAAUAUUAUUUAUCUGAAGAAAAUCUCAUGAAGGAUGUUUAUCUUCGACGAAAUAUGGAUAAACAGGGAUAUUUAAGUCUGGCGCUUAUUGCUAAUUUUCCGAGAUUAAAGUCAGUUACUGGCGAUAUGAAUAUUAUCGUUUCUGCUCUAAAGCAAAGCGUUAAAAUUGAUCUGGAUGUUGAUAGUCAGAAGGUUCCAAUUAUGAGAAAAUUCUUUAUUUUCUAUUAUCAACAACAGAUUAGGAGAAACGGCGUAUCGACGGAUUUGGCCCAGACUGUAGAAAAAAAAAUUAAUGAAAACUAUGAAGAACAAAAUAGUUGCAAUAAUCAAAUCUUGGCUUCUAACAGUCAACAGGAUUCGCAGAAUCAAAAUUCUGAUAUUUCAGAAAUUAAUAAUAUAAAUACUUCAAAUGAACAAUCGACUCCAGCUGCUGUAAAAUUGGCUUCAGGCGAUAUCCCAGAAGAUAUUAGUGAUGCAGUUGUAAAAAAAUUAAUUGUCGUAACUCCAGCUAAUCUUACAAGUACAAAAAGACAAUUUGAUCGAACAGGAGAUCACACAAGUCGAUCUAAGAUGAGUCAUAGUUUAAGCGAGGAGAUUGAUCUCGGUUUGAGACGUUUCGAAGAUGAUCUCUGGAAAAAGUCCGAAUAUUCGAAUGUAAAUAUUACUAAGGUUGGGACCGUUUCGGAGGAAGCAUUUAAAGAACUGAAAGGCGAUGAUAAUCAAAAUGAAGAUUAUCAAGAGGAACCGCCACCAAAAGUAAUACCGACUCCGAAUACGGUUCCAGCGAUCUCAUCGGUAUGGACGAAGAAAGCACUUGAGCGGAAGGCUGCUUCAGCUUCGCCGGCAAGUCCACUGGCGAAGCAAGAAAUGGCUCGAGGAAAAGUUGCAAGGUUCUAUCCUGUAACAAAGGUUAAUAGUUUGCCAGAAAAACCGUCGACUCCUCGGAAACAAAAAACUCGCCACAGUAAUAAUCCACCCGUCGAAUUAUCUGUUGGUUGGUUGUUAGGUAUACGUUCUCGGACGACGUCACUUAAUGCGUGGCCAUCUGUAACUGCAAUUCCGCAAAUUCCUCAACAUCCAUCUAUCCGUUUAUUGGAAGAAAAUGGUUUUGAGCCGCAAGUUUACACUCAGUGGCGAACUUAUUGCCUUAAUCAGCGACAACAUUUGGGAUAUGGAACUACCGAUAUGAAUACAUUUUUCCGUUUCCUUUCCUUUUUUCUACGAGACAAUUUUAAUCGAAACAUGUAUGAAGAAUUUAAAAAACUUGCUCUUGAAGAUGCGGCAGCUGGAUAUAGGUAUGGAUUAGAAUGCCUUUUCCGAUUCUAUAGUUAUGGACUCGAACGGAAAUUCCGUCCAGAAAUAUAUCUUGAUUUUCAAAGAGAAACGAUCAGUGAUGUACAGCGCAACCAGUUGUACGGUUUGGAGAAAUUCUGGACAUUUCUGAAACAUUACAAACACUCCAGACGACUCGAAGUUGAUCCAUUCUUAAAAUGUCUACUUGCCAAAUACAAACAUCCCAAUGAUUUCGCUGUAGAAGUUUGUUUAUUAAAUUUUUUGAAUUUUUGUCAAUAUCCAUUGGUACAUUAG